UUCAUUAUAUUUUGAGGUUAUAGACGAGGUGAAUCUCGAUCUAAUAUGAACGUAUUUACUCAACUAAUUAGCGAAUGAUUAAACGAAAUGAUUUAACCGUUCUAAAAUGAACGCCCUGUUGAUAUUAUUUUUGAUAUUUGUAGUUAUUUACUCUUGUGUUUCAUGGCUCCUACCCACGUUACUGGCAUGGCUGUUCAUGAGAAAAUACCAUAUAAAGUUGAAAAUUGGUAGAAUCGCUGUGCCAAAGUUGAUACUCAAAGAUGUAAGCCUAUCCAAAGAUAGGUAUUCCAUACAUAUAGACGAAAUCUCAUUUCAAAGUAGUUGUUUCAACUCUGAUAUCAACAAACUAGUAUCAGUUGUUAUCCGAGGAGUGGAAGUGACUAACAAUGUGGAAGAAAAAAAGAAUGUUGUUGUGGAGACGAUCCUCAAACCGUUACUGUCGAAGCAGAACUCCGCCGCAAGAUCCGAUGGUUACGAGGAGAUGGCGGACGUUAAUAAUCUUGAGAGUAACCUGAAUAGGAUAGCUAAUAAGAAGCUAUUGGAUUUUAGAGACAAGAAACUACCACCGAGUUUAAUUAUGUUUGCUCAGUUCAUGAGUGUACAUAUAUUUAAUGCAUCAGCAACUAUACACAGUGGCACAGUAGACAACCCUUGGACUUUAACUCUUACUGCUGCCGAAGUUCACGCAGAUGGCGCUGCGGGCGGGCCUGCGCGUGCGCUGGUGUUCUCUACGAAGUUGGUAGAAGCUAAGGCGAAGGUGGUGGGGAAGGGGGAGUGUUUGGGGGAAGCCAUGUGCUGUCUGGUGAUUGAGGGUACUGUGAAGGCUGAUGGCCCUUUGAAUGUAGAGAAAAUCCACGUAAUAAUCAGUAACACGUCAGUGACGUUCAAGGAUGAGUUGUAUCAGUUUUUGAAAAGCCAGAAAAAGCGCCGACGCACCAGGGUGUUACAAGUAAAUGAUGAGGAUCAUCUCGCCACUAUAAUUCCGAGAUUCUCACCUGUUAUACCAAAGAUUUUCAGUUUAAAGAUAGACUCAACAAGAAUAAGUUGCAAAGACAAAACUGUAAAUACAAACUUCGAGAUGUCUUUGCAGAGCUUACAAGUAAACUCCAGAUUCAGUGCCGCAUCAGUCCACUACGAUGAGAGUGGCGUGGAAGUGAGCGGUCUACCGCAGGUGUACGUGGCCUUCCAGAUGGAACAGUACCAGCUAGUUGCAGACGGAUUACCUUUAGCUGUUCUUAAUAAGCUCAAACUGGAUGCUAAGUUGGAGAAAGGAGUAUUAAAUCUAUAUAUAAUAAUAAGUACAUUGAACAUUAGUUAUAGUCACACAGACGCAUUUAAAUGGUACAAAUCUGUCAAAGACAAAAUAAGGAAAGCGCAGCCUUUGCAAAUUAUGGAAGUGGAAUCUCCUUCCCCCUCCCCGCCAAUAUGGCUAUCCCGCAUAUUUUCGUCGUGCAUAGUACAGGGGUGCGCGGAGUUGCGUGCAGUGUCCGUUCACGCUCGACUGACCAAUCACAACGCACUCGGCUUCGGAUGCAGUGGCGUCAAGGUCAAACUAGACCAGCUGUUGGAGACUAGAGAAGAAUGGUACCGUUGUUCAGUAGCCCGCCAGGCGGUAGGAGGUAACCAAUGGGGAGCGGAGUUACUGGUGGAUGGGGGGUGGAUGGCGUGUGGACCUGCUGCACUAACUGUACGCUCCCCCCCACCACGGAGACACCAUACUUGGGGGGAGGCUUUACUAGCUGUGGCACUCGUUAAGUGGGCUACACAUGGACCUAAUGAUUCUAAGGUGGAAGCAAUGGUAGACUGCCUUCGUCUAGAAUGGAGCCCUAUCAUAGCUCAAACCAUCAUAUCACUAGCCGACUGCCUAAACGAGUACAAGUCUUCAUCACCAAUGGUGCAGGACCUUGAAGAGGUCUCAGAGACCAGCUCCAAUAUAUCUGUGAACGUGGCCUUGUCUCAUAUCAACCUAUUCCUCAUUGUGAACGAGGAUAUGUGCCUGAUGACCAGGGUCGAUGCUGUGACCUUAGAGAAGAAUGUCAGUAAAUCUGGUGCUGUCAUCUCUGGACUGAAGGUUGUGGAUAUAGUGCCUUAUAAAGGAAACAUCCACUGUCAGCGAUCAGACGAGAUACCAUCAACAUUUUUCCACGUAAAACUAGCACGGAUAGAGUAUCUCCUCUCGAAAGAGAAGUACUCUUCACUCUUAGACGUCCAGUUCAUAGAGAACGUGGACUUAGAAUGGAGUGCCAACUUACACCUGAAAGUCGUAACCUUCGUUAGAGCAGUAAAGGAGUUCCAGCAGGAGUUGAGAGUGAGAAGGAGUCAGGUUGUGAAAAAGAAAGGGAGAGCGCUUGAUUGGAGGGUUGCUUUUAAGGGAGAAACCAAUUUGGGACUGAUUCUGUCCAAGGAAAAUAGUAUGCUGUUUGCUACAGAUGACAUGACAAUAGCCUACGACCACGAGAUAGGCCUGUCUAUCGUAUGGAGCAAGCUGAACAUGAUCCUCAAUGGAGACGAGGUCAUCAUGGUGGAAGGAUACUCCCAGGAACGAGUGGCUGAUGACCUUGAGGUCAGGGUUGAGAGGAAGGCCAACGAAGGGUUCGCGCUUACUUGGAAUAAGGUUUGGUUGGUAACAGUAGAUUCAGUCCGCGUGGUGUUUCCCUACAAGCAUCGGUUCGCGGAGGCCGUGCAGGGUGACUUCGUGUCUCUCUUCAAGUGGAUCAAGUUGGUGCACGGCAUCAAGAAGAAACCCUUCACUGUUGAUAGUCCACUACCCAGUGAUCUGCAUAUUAAGAUUGAAGAGCUUCUGAUAGAGAUGAGCGAUGAUCCGUUCGAGGUGAAGCUGCGAGACAACUACGAGCUGCUGGAGGACGAGUACAAGGAAAGUCAGAAACGACGCACCAUGCUCGAUGCUAAGGUACAAGAACUAUGUAAGCCCCACCUGUUUCUACCAGCGGGUAAAGUAGAAGAGUUAUACUCCGCGUUACGUCAGAAGGACGCCCAGAUCUACGUACAACGGUGUCGCGCCGCGCCCCCGCCCCGCACCCGCCUCGUCGCGUGUUGUCUGUCGAGGUUCUCACUGGUGGCACUAGCUGAUCCUACCAUACAUGGAACGCAGAAUGCGCAAGCGAGACUUAGGGAGAUUGAUCAUGAUAGUCCAUGGCCAGAAGACGGCAUCGAAUUCACAACGCUCUGGUGUCGAAGUAUCAACAUGAGUUGCUCUCAGUGGCAGUUGUUACUGAGGGACUUCCCUCAGCCGCUGCUGAGUAUGAGCGAGCUGAAGAUGUGGGGUACCCUACUGGCUGCAGAGGAACAAGCUCCACCUCGAGCCGUGCGUACAGUAACGAUAGAUCAGGGCGCGCCGUGGGGCGAGCAGGAGUUGGAGCGCAGUAUGAUGCCGCUCAAGUGGUACUACGACCUGUGCUGCGAGAUGGCUGAGUACAGCUAUGCCUUCGGACCCUGCUGGGAACCUGUUAUAGCUCAUUGCAACUUGUCCUUCGAUCAAGUAUCUCGUCCGUCUCUGGAUCCCUCAGCACCGCUCUCGUGGUGGGACAAAGUACGUCUACUGAUGCACGGCCGGCUGACUGUCAACUGCGCCAAGUUCACGUGUCUCUUACAUGUGUCGCUAGAUCCUUACAAUACCACGGAGGAAAUGGAGGUUACCUGGACUGAUUUGGUGUUGGAUUGGACUAAUGGUAGACUAGGCUUCCUCGGCACCCUGGACGUGUACGUGCGCACGGCGAGCAAGUACGACGACUGCCGCGUGCUGCGCGUGCCCGCGCUGCGCCUGUCCGUGAAGCUAGGCUGGCAGUGCGUCGCCGACCCCCGGGACCACCACGCCGUGGCGCCCUGCGCUCCCACCAGGCUGCCCGAGUAUUCUAGUAAUCAGGAACACGACUCGUACAGAGCGUUCAGGUCUCAAGGACUGGAUCUCCACCUCAGCAUGGAGACGAAGCCUGUGGACAAAGAAGGAAACGGACCCGUACUACUGCUAUAUGGAAGUACACUCAGGUGGUUCGAGAGUCUAAAACUGAUUCUGUCAGGCAUCACCCGACCGACGCGUCGCGGACGUAUCUUCAAGAACGUGCGCCCGCGCAAGCCGCAACUAUCUCGUCACUACAGAAAUGUCAGCGUGUCUGUUACUUUACACAAUUUACAGGUCUUCUACUGGUCGUCAUCAUCGCUCCAGCGUGGUAUAGAGAUGUUAGGAGUCCGAGUGACGUGUGGCUCCAAACACCGCCUGUCCCUGGUGGCCACCAAUGAUGGACUGGUCCGCAGGCCCCGCGCCAACUGGACUACAGUGUACAUGAACUGUGAUCUUAAUGACGCUGAGAUCUGGUUGAAGACCCUGGCUGCUGAUGAAAAGGAUGGUGAUGAGUACCCGGGGCUGGCGGCCCGCGUGCUGGAGAAGUGCUACUGCCUGUCGGUGCGGCGCGUGUCGUACGGGCGCGAGGCGGGCGCCUGUACGGCCGCAUGUACGGGCGCGCCGCCCACGCACCGCCUCGCCGUACACGACCUGCGCGGGGCCUGGACCAAGCUCAACAGGGACCUCGCCUUCGCACUCAUCGAUACCUAUAUUAAGACUCAGCAAUUAAAGAAGAACCUAUCAACCAAGGCUUUGAAGGAAGAAGAACAACCGAACACAUCUCCCAAACACCAGCGGGAAGCUGACGUCAUCUCCCCCCCACCACCUGUUAAUACACAAUCGAGCGGCGCGGCGGCGGGCUGCGGCGGCGGCAUGCUGGCGGCGCUGGUGGCGGAGGCGGGCGGCGCCGCGCCCGUCGUCUUCAGCGACGAGCUCAGCGGCGCCGAGGCGGACGCGCCGCCGCCCAUCGCCACGCAUCUCAGGCACGAACUCGACGACGACAACGCGCACACUGCGUGCCUUAUCGAGCUGGUGAACUCGCAGGUGGUGCUGAAGGGCUGCGAGACGCGCGGGUACGUGAUCCUGUGCGCGGCCUUUAUACUCGAAGGUAGCGUGCGGCAGCGCGUGCGGCGCGCGCCGGCCGCCGCGGCGUGGAGCGGCGCGCUCUCCGCCAUGCAGUACUACGCCACCGUCUCCGCCGCCGACAGGGACCAGCUACUCGAGAACAUCCAGUGGGUAUCAGUGGAGGAGAUAGAGGAGCGGUGGCAGAGCGCAGAGAUCAGUACCCUGCCUGACGUGCCCAGGCUGGUCGGUAGUGGACACUCUGCUGGGGGAGUCAUUGGGAGGACCGUGGGACCCAGUGCCGAUACUGGACUCGCACAGCUCCAACGCAUAGUAUCUCGCUGCGCAUGCGAGUUCUACUACGUGUCGCACGAGGAGGCCGAGUCCGCGGGGCAGGGCGCGGGCUGGGCCCAGCAACAACCGUACGACUCCUUCACGCUCAUGCACCACGACCUCAACGUCUGCACCAACUCCCUGCAGGUAAGCUCGUGUCAAAUGUCAAGGAGUUUAGUAUUUUACUCCUGUAUAAAAUGUAUUGUAUAUUUCAUUCAAAAUUCUACAUAUUGGAAUGUACUAGUCCCGCAAGAGCCGUCCGGUCGUGCGCCACUAGCUCGCCGCGCGGCGCUGCGUGUGUUCUGCAGGGACCGGCCGCCAGUCGGGGGCAUUGCUGUCAAAGAACAUUUUGAAGUCAACAUCGUUCCUAUUAAGAUUGGUCUAACAAAGAAGUUCUUCAACACGAUGCUUAAGUUCUGCUUUCCUGAGCGAGACCCUGACUCCAUAGAGGAUGGUGAGGAGGAAACAGAAGGGACUCUCAAAGCCGGAGCCUCUUCAUCCAGUCUCGUGUCUACCGGCUCUAAGAAGAUCAAGAAGAAGAGCAAAGAUUCCAAUUCUAACUUCUAUGUGAAGAGAGAUAAGAAGGACAAAGAUGAUGUUGAGAAGAUGAAGGAGCGAGCAGAAAAGAACAAGCUGUUCAUCUACAUAAAGAUCCCAGAGGUACCAGUGAGAGUUUCCUACAAGGGAAGCAAGGAGAAGAAUCUCGAGGAUGUAAGGGACCUACCACUGGUACUUCCUACCCUGGAGUACCAUAAUGUGACGUGGACGUGGCUGGACUUGUUACUGGCUACUAAGAGUGAUACUAGACGUGUGAUAUUAUCGCAAGCUAUAAGACAGAAGCUGCAGUUACACAGACGCGCUGCUGCAGCACCGGAGCCGCACGAGGAGGAUAAAGCCAGGUUACUGCUGGGAGAGAGGACGGUGGCGGAAAAUAAACCACAGAAGAAAGGUACUCCCAGCGUGUUCAAAUUCUCCAAAUCAUAGCGUAAGUGAAGGCUGUACUUUAUAGCGCGGCAUUUAUCUACGAACCAAACGUAUUGACUGUCGCUUGAAUGCCUAUAUGCAAUAUUGAAAUGGUUUUAAAAGUUCACUAUAAAAUGUGACGAAUGAAAUAACACUGUAACCUCGAAGUAUUAAUUUGUACUAAGAAUUUAAAGGUGAGUUAAGUACGAAAUGACAUUCUAUAAUUUUCUUCAAAUACGAAUUCGUGAUAUUAAGUGAAAUCGAUUAUAAAUUAACAACAUAAUUAUUAUUGCGUUUAGGCCUUCAAGCGAAUAUUUUAAGACAUUCUAUACUGUUUUAUGAGGCUAAUAUUCUUAUAAAUGUAUACGCUACUAUACGGUUUAAUGGAUGUUUGGAUGUUUGUGUCAAUUUUAUCAAUGUAAUGUGAACAAACUAUUCUAAUCUAACUUUUGAACUGUUUUAAAUGUGGUUGUAAAGGAUCUGAUUUUGGUAAAUAUAUCAGUAUUGUAUUGAGAUGAAAUUUUAAAACAGUGAUAUUACAAGGCGCAACAUAUUUUUAUAUGCGCAAACAGUUUGCGCAAGUAUGUAGCAUUUUUGGCGCUUAUUUGCACUGUAAACUAUGUUUUAGCUUUGUUGUUACCUGCACUGGCGCUGUUUAAAUUUUGCGCAAUCGCUAUAUCAACUCUAUAGUAUCAUUUUAAAUGAAGUUUUUUGUUGCGCAAAAUAUUUAUUCAUUCGUAAAAGGAAUUAUAUAAAAGAUUGCUCAGCAAUAUCAAUAUUUUGAAAGCUGCGCAUUAAAACGCAUUGUUUGCGGUCAAUUUAUCUGCUUUUUUGUAAUUUAACUUCACACUCUAACCCAUAGGAGUGAGAGAGAUAGAAAACUUUGCCAGAAGUAAGACUAAAUUAAUUAAAAUCGCGGGUUACUCACGUGAAUAUACUGAGAAAAGCUCGCGGUGAGACCGCGCACGCUGCUCACGAGGAAGAACCCCUCUGUGAAUUUAUGUACCCCAAUUAUCUCAGCAUAUUCACGUGAGUAACCCGCGAUUUUAGUUAAUUUAAUAUGUCUCACGAUAGUUAUUAUAACAAAAAGUAAGACUGUUGUGAUCUUCAUACAUGUGGGAUCUGCUAAUGUAUUUAUUAAUUUAAAUUCUCAUACAAUAUGAUCUAAUUUCGUUUGCCGCAGAUUUUUUAACAAAGUCACUCAAAGAUUUUGAAAAUGAAUUAGUACUUUUUGUUUUUUUUUUUUGUAUUAUGGUACUAUAACUGUUAUAUAUAUAUAUAUAUAACUCAUUCAUGGGUAAAAUGUAGCUAGGUUAUGCAAUUUUGAAAAAGUAUUAGGUAUAUAAAUCAACGAUAAAUGUAUGUUUUACAAGUAAACUUCAACUUACCCGUUUUUAACACAGAAAACCGUGUUGUUAUAAUAUCAUGGUACUACAGGAAAUUGAUGAAAUUCUUUGUUAUAUUUUUUUUUGCAUAGAGUGAACCUAUGGACUUAUUAUUAUUAUGUUUUAGUUUAAGUAAAAGUGAGCACCAUAUAUUCUAUUGUAUUAUAUGCUUUUAUUAAUUGUAUUGCGAGCUGUAUAUGAGAUGGGUAGACAGAACUAUAAAUUCUGAUCGCAAGUCAUUCACAUAAUCCACAGAUCUAUGUAUCAGAUGUAAAGUACGACGAACAAUCAUACAUGUGCUUAUUUAGAUAAUGUUUAACUGUCCCGUGAACUAAUUACUAUGUUUUCGGCAUACUCACGUAACAGAGAGUGUUCGGCGCUGUGAUUGGUUGCUCCAUUGGCGCCGGCCAAUCAAAGUGCCGAACGCGUACUCGUUUCGAAU